AUGGGCACCGCCACAGCGACGCAGGUCGUCUCGACGGAGAUGGCCCCUCUCAGACACCAUAUUUCAUCUUUGGAAGAACUGCCCUUGCUCCUCCGCCAGAUCCCCGACAUCGUGCUGGAAAUAGCGUCACAUCUCCCCACGGAGUCCGCCAUGUGCCUCGCCCUCUCGUGCAAACCCCUCUACGGCCUCCUCUUCGGGCGCGCUCGCCGAAAGAUGAAGGAGGACGGGGGUUGCGCCCCUUUCCUAUUCUUCCUGCUCAAGGACCUGCAGAGAACCCACAAUGGCAUAUACCUCUGCCACUUCUGCACCAAGUUACGUCGCUGGAGGUGUCGAGACGGGGGACUGGGAUGGUGCCCGUGUUGUCCCACCAUCGGGGAAGAACUAUCGAACGCAAAGCACGCGGGGAACCAAGAGCACGCCUGCAUCACCGAUCGGUCCUACUUCACCUACACGUUCAGAGGAGUCGAAUGCAACGGAGACUUCUCACGAUGGGUUAUGCACCGGGAGCGUGGGGGGUUCCGCUCGUGUUGCGGAUGGCGGCCGUCUCACACGGCCAACCACAGUCACUCGUCGACGGGAUGA